GAAAGGAGUUUGCCGGACGUGGCUCCCCGAAGGGGGAGUGAUCGUAUCAGCCAAAGGGGGUGUUCACUUCACACACUGAUCUCCUGGCCUCAGAGCAGAUAGCAAAGAGCCUCAGCAGUUAUCUGUCGGCCAAGGUGUUGCUCUUACAGUAGGUGGAAGACAGCCCCGGGGGGAGUGGUGCAGUCGCCGCUCAUUCCAUUCUCAAGCCUUGAGUCGCCAGGGGCGGCGAAGAGCUGAGAUGGUGACCGCUGGCUGCGCGGAAGACCGAGUGUUACUUCAGCAAAACUUUUGAGCGCUCCGCUUCAUUGCUAGCCUGACACAGAUCAACUCUGCUUGAUCGCGGUUCUGGUUCGACAUCCAAGAGUUAGACAUGCCGGGGCGCGCGGCCGAUUCGUUUUGUUAGAAUAACCGAGGCCAAGCAGCCCGCGCUCUCGCGCCAAUCUAGGGCUUGAUUGCUUUUUUGACAUUAUUCAGGGGUGAGAAUUAAUCGCAUUACUGAAAUGCCAUUGGGCGAUAUUAUGAGAUUAGACCUAGAGAAAAUUGCCCUGGACUACAUUGUACCGUGUUUGCACGAUAUUGGCUUUUGCUACCUGGACAAUUUCUUGGGUGAGCUCAUAGGGGACUGCGUCUUGGAAUGUGUAAAACAAAUGCAUUAUAGCGGGGAGCUGCAGGAUGGUCAACUGGCCGGUCAGCGCCAAGGCAUCUCCAAGAGACACUUGCGGGGAGACCAGAUAAAGUGGAUCGCAGGCACUGAGGAAGGAUGUGAGGCCAUCAACUUUCUCUUGUCACUGAUAGAUAGACUGGUGAUGUUCUGUGGAAGUAGAUUGGGUAAAUACUAUGUCAAGGAAAGGUCCAAGGCUAUGAUAGCUUGCUAUCCUGGGAAUGGAACUGGCUAUGUGCGUCAUGUGGACAAUCCCAACGGAGAUGGGCGCUGUAUCACCUGCAUUUAUUACCUGAACAAGAACUGGGAUUCAAAGCUGCAUGGGGGGAUUCUACGAAUAUUCCCAGAGGGCAAGUCCUAUGUAGCGGAUGUUGAGCCCAUCUUUGACAGAUUACUUUUUUUCUGGUCAGACCGAAGAAACCCACAUGAAGUGCAGCCUUCCUAUGCGACAAGGUAUGCCAUGACUGUGUGGUAUUUCGAUGCUGAAGAAAGAGCAGAAGCCAAAAAGAAAUUCAGGAAUUUAGUUGAUGCAGGAAAGACAGAAGCAGUUCUCAGUGAAGACUGAAUAGCGAUUGACUCGAUACAAUUUUUGUGUAGUGAUGAUUUUUGGACUAUUUGCAAGCAAUAAGAUCCAAAGAUUACAUGGUCUGUUUCCGAUGAUUAUUGGAUACUCUUCAAUACACUAUUUUUGGCACUGUCUAAUAUUUACAUAUUACAGUGAUGGUACAUGGCAGCUUCCAAUCUUUUGUAUUUGGCAUAAGCCUCCCUCUUUUCUUCUUGCCUUUUAAUUGAAGAAUACCACGAGAAUGAAGAAUAUCACCAAAUCUCGUAUGAUAUCAAGAUGAAGUUGGCAAUACUAGUAAUAAAAAUACUAAACAUUUGAAAUAGUUGGAGAAACCUGAGUCUUAUUUGCACUUUAGUUACAUUUUCUGGUUCAGUGGGAAGGAACUUGACGAAGGAUCCUCUAUGGCAGACUGCAGAUGAGCAACACGAGCAAGCCGAGAUGCAAGCCAGAACUGCAUAUUUGUCAGGAGCCAAAUUCAUUAUGUCAGUGCAGAGCUUUUAUUGGGGUGCCUCACCAUUUUGUUUACAGACUAUUGGUUUCAUUGGCCUGUACCAUUAAUUGCUAAAUUGAAGCCUCCCACUUGCCAUAAAAUUGCCUGGAUUUUAUCCACAUUGUUAAAGCAGUUCUAUCACUUUGCCUUUUAAAGACCCCAAACAGAGGUGGUAGCAAUUGUGCAGCUACACAUGGAGUUCUUAAAAAAUACUUCUUUUGUGGGAUAGCUCUGGGAAUGAUUGUCGUCAUCUUUUAAAACUUCGUUUUGCAAAGCAGCCAGCCAGCCUCACCAGCUCCUGCCCAUUGCAAACUUUUGGGAAAUACUGAUGGCAGGCUAAGAGCAAGUAUGCCAAGAAAUCAUCUAAUCAAACUUCAUUUUCAUUUUAAUAUUUUUUAACUGAUCUUCCACUAGUCACACUUUGUAUGUGACAAAAAUUGAACUCCAGCAGUUAAGCGUAUUCUUGUUAAGACUGGCUUGAUGGAUAACUAGCCGACGAAGAGGCACGGAAAGCCGUGUUCAGCUGGUUCAUAUCUGUUAUAAAUAGUACAGUUCUACUUGAGAAGCAUUUGCAGUGGCCACUGAAAAUGGCAUGUAAACAUGCAUUAAGUUGUAGUGUAGAUUCUGGGUCUGUUAUAAAUGGGGCUAGGAUUGUUCAGCUGAAUCUCAGACCUAAUCACUGUUGUUUUGGAACCCAUAAGAAAGUGUGCUUAGAACUGCAGAUUUACAAUUCAGCCUUAAGGUUUGAUAUGCCAGCAAAAUAAAUAAAUUAAUGUGUUAUAUGGGAUGUGCCAAUUGCUGUACCUAUGCAAUAUCAUAUAGUAUGAACCUUGGGGGUGGGGAGGCAGAUGCACUAUGAAAAUGUUUAAGAUAAGAUUCGUAGAUCUAGGUUGUCAGCACCAUGUCAGGAUAGAUGUUGCUAUCAUGACGUAUUGAAAUUAUAGAUACAAAAUUUGGUCCCAGGUGUCACUUUACUACAGGUAAAUAUAUCAUUCCUGCAUUGAAGCCAUGAGUUGUACAGAGACAGAUUAUGAAGCACACACUUCCUUUUUCUAAUUUCACUUUUAAAAAAACACAAAACCCUGUAAUGAAUACACUUUUCAAUUCUUAGCGGUAGAUACUGGACUCUGAGCACUUAGACCAAAAAAAAAAGAAGAAGAAAAGAAUACUGUUUUCAUCAAAAUACGCAAUGUAAAAAUCCUUUGAGGAUAGUUGCUCAUUUCACUAUGGUCUCUAGCAGUGUUUUGAAUAUUGUGACAGAGACUGUGUUUGUUCUUCCAAGUGCCCAUACUUUCCUCCAGGUUCGAUUUUGAUUCUUCUUUUUCAUUCCGAUUAAAUUUUUCAGUUUAAUUUUGCCUAUUACUCUUUAUACAGCUAAAAAAGGAUGGCUGAUAUAUCUCCUUGUUAUUUCAGGAGACAUACAAGUCACUUCCCUAAAACUUGAGCCAGAGAACAAGACUAAUAUUUAGGAAUUAUGCAGACUUAGCCCAAAUCCAGUUGAGAAUAUUUCAGUUUUUUUCAGCAACACAGUAUGUAUAAAGCAAUAUAUUUCCAAACAAAAUGGCAAUUAUUUAUUUCAGGAAACAAGGGUCUCCUACUACCUGCAUUUGAUGUCUGAAUUUUAAGAUGUUCCCAGAUGAUUCCCUUUCUUCUUAAAUAUUCCCAUGAAUGUUCCUCUUUGAUCACAUAGUUUUAUACAUUGAGACAUUGUGCUAUGUUGUUUUUGUAUGAAAUUGUUUAUUUCAGGAAGAAAUGUCAGCUCAAAUUUGUCUUGUGUAAAAUAGACUUAAAAACUAAUUGAUUUCAUUUGUGCUAGUGAGUUUUUCUCCUAUCUCUUGUGAGCAAUGCUUAAAGAGCUCAUCAUGGAAAGAAAAUGCAGCUAUAUAUAUUCGCAUCAGGAGAAUUUUAUAGGCAUCAGUGAGACUUUAUGAAUCAAGAGAAGAUGAUAGUAUUUAUUUUAAAAAACAAGGAAGGCAUCUAGUAACAUCUUAAAGACUGGUAUGGAUUACAGCUUAAGCUCUCAUAGACUACAGUUGACUUCAUUAGAUUUUUAUUUGUUUUUGGCUGCAGCAGACUAAUAGUCCCACGCCUCUAGAAAUUACUUGAAAGAGAAGAUUGGCAUCAGCCUAGGCAUGUUUAUUUCCAUUUGCCUGUGUCAGAAUUUUCAAGUCUCAGGUGCAAGAACAGAAAAAGAGUCUGCUCAAAGUCUGUUUAAUACGUCUUAUUGAGAGGGAACAGUUUUGAAGAGGAAGGCAGUCUGAGCAAAUUGUAGAAGGUCAGGAAACAGUGAGGUCUACCUUGCCAGCUGACAGGUCUAUCCAACCAUAACCUAAAAGGAAUCCAUUGUCAUCUCAAGUCUG